GUCAAAAUGGUGGCGGCGGCCGUGGGGCGGCGGCGGCCGCGGUGUUUGAGCUUGGAGGUGGACGUCAAGGCGUGGACGGCGCGUUACGGCCACGCUGACCGGCAGAGUGACCAGGGGGGUGACCCAAAGGAUGACCAGCAGGGUGACCACCACGGUGACCGGGAGGGUGACCCAAAGGAUGACCAGCAGGGUGACCACCACGGUGACCACCACGGUGACCGCUGCGGCGCGCUGGACGGAGCCCCGGCCGUUGUCCUCCUCCGGACCCGCGACCUCUUCUCCCUGCCCUUCCCGCUGAGCCGUCCCGUGGUCACCUCGCUGUCCCUGCAGGCCGCCGCCCGCGGCUGGCGCCUGCUGCUGCUGCCGGCCUCCUUCCCUCUGGCGCCGCGGCCGCCUCCGUCCCCCCACGAGCGCCGCAGGGCCCAGACCGCGCUGGAAUCUCGACGCCGCGCGCUGCUGGAUCUCUUCGGCGUCAAGCUGGAGGUGCUGCCGGACGGCUCGCGGCGCUGGCACGGCUGCGCCAAGGACACGCCGCGCUGCUUCGGCACCGUGCUGCGCCAGACCCCCGAGUACCUGCUGGCCGGGCGCUGGACGCCGCCGUGCUGCCUGCGGGCGCUGCGCGCCACCGCCCGCCACGUCCUGGCGCAGCUGGAAGCGGCCGGAGUGCGGCACUGGCUGGAGGGAGGGACCCUCCUGGGCGCCGUCCGCCUCGGGGACAUCAUCCCCUGGGACUACGACGUGGACGUGGGGAUCUACCGCGACGACGUCCCCAAGUGCCGCUGGCUGGCGGCGGUGGCGGCCACGGGCCGGCCGGUGGAGGACCCUCAAGGGUUUUUUUGGGAGAAAGCCACCGAGGGGGAGUUUUACCGGGUUCAUUUCAGCCGUUCCAACCGGCUGCACGUGGACCUGUGGCCGUUCUACGUCCGGCCCGGCGGCGCCGGGGCCGUGAUGACCAAGGACACGUGGUUGGGUCACCGGCAGGACGUGGAGUUCCCCGAGUCCUUCCUGGUGCCCCUGGGCACCGUGACGUUCGCGGGGGUGGCGGCCAAAGCGCCCAACGACCCCCGAGGGUUCCUGGAGCUCAAAUUCGGGCCCGGGGCCAUCGAGAGCCCCGAGUACCCCAACCCCGGGGUCAGGAGGUUGGCACAGGACGUGGGCAAUAAAACCUCUCAGUGACAUC